GAUGGUCUCCAUGGUGACCACCACCAAGAGAAACAUCUUCAUGGUCACCAUGGCAACCACAACGAUCUCCACGGCAACCACCAUGAAAAGCAUCCCCAUGGUCUCCAUGGCAACCACCAUGGUCUCCAUGGUGACCACCACCAGGAGAAGCAUCUUCAUGGUCACCAUGGUGACCACCACCAUGAGAAACAUCCCCAUGGUCACCAUGGCAACCAUCACCACGAGAAGUACGGGGACCACCACGAUGGUCACCAUGGCGACCACCAUCACGAAAAGCACGGGGACCACGCUGAGCAUCACGGUCACCAUGGCAACCACCACGGUCUCCACGGCGACCACGAGAAGCAUCUUCACAGUUUCCAUGGCAACCACCACGUGGAGAAGCAUCCCCAUGGUGUCCAUGGCAACCACCACCAGGAGAAGCACGGGGACCACGCCCAGCAUCACGGUUUCCAUGGCAACCAUCACCACGAGAAGCACGGUCACCACGGCGACCACCACCAGGAGAAACAUCCCCACGGUCGCCAUGGCGACCACGAUGGUCACCAUGGCAACCACCACCAGGAAAAGCACGGGGAUGUCCGUGACGGUCACCAUGGCAACCACCACCAUCUGCGUGGCAACCAUCACCUGGAGAAACAUCUUCAUGGUCUCCAUGGCAACCACCACCAGGAGAAGCACGGGGACCACGCCCAGCAUCACGGUCACCAUGACAACCAUGAUGAUCUCCAUGGAAACCAUCACCAGGAGAAGCACGGGGACCACCACGAUGGCUACCACGGCAACCAUCACCAUGAAAAGCAUCCCCACGGUCUCCAUGGCAACCACGAUGGUUUCCAUGGCAACCACGAUGGUUUCCAUGGCGACCACCACCAGGAGAAGCAUGCCCAUGGUUUCCAUGGCAACCACGAUGGUUUCCAUGAGAGCCACCACCAUGAAAAGCAUCUUCACGGUCUCCAUGGCAACCACUACCAGGAGAGACAUCCCCACGGUCACCAUGGCGACCAUCACCAGGAAAAGCACAGGGACCACGCCGAGCAUCACCGUUUCCAUGGCAACCACGACGAUCUCCAUGGCAACCAUCACCAGGAGAAGCGCGGGGACCACCACGACGGUCUCCAUGGCAACCACCGCCAGGAGAAGCAUCCCCACCAUCUCCAUAGCAACCAUUAUGGUCUCCAUGGCAACCACCACCAUGAAAACCAUGGGGACCACCACCACGAUGGUCUCCAUGGCAACCACCACAUGGAGAAACAUCUUUAUGAUCUCCACGGCGACCACGACGGUCACCAUGGCAACCGCCACCAGGAGAAGCACAGGGACCACCAUGGCGGUCACCAGGGCAACCACAAGGAUCUCCAUGGCGACCACGAUGGUCUCCAUGGCAACCAUCACCUGGAGAAACAUCCCCACGGUCUCCACGGCCACCACCAGCAGGAGAAGCACGGGGACCAGCACCAGGAGAAGCACCUUCACGGUUUCCAUGGCGACCACAACGAUCUCCAGGGCCACCAGCACCAGGAGAAGCAUCUUCACGGUCUCCAUGGCGACCACCAUGACCACCACCAGGAGAAGCAUCUCCAUGGUCUCCAUGGCGACCACGACGGCGGCAAAGGCGUCAACCGGCUGGAGGGACCCGGUGACCGCGGGAAGCGACCCCAGCGACCGCUGCCCGGGGCCCACUAACCGACCACUAACCAACCGCUAACCAACCGCUAACCAACCACUAACCAACCACUAACCACGGUAACCAACCCACUAACCAA